GUUAUGGCUGAAACAUCUACAGAAGAAAUUGAAGUAGUCGAUUCCGAUAAAGUUUAUCCGCUUCCAAAGUUCAAUUCUGAUGAUGGAAUUCUUUCUGUGCCAUUUACUGUUUUACCUGGAGAAGGAGCUAUAUUUAGAGGUCAAACUUCCGAAGGACUUAUAAUUUUGACAAAUUAUCGUUUGUACCAUAGUGAAAAGACAUUUUUUAAUAUUCCCCUUGGUUUGAUAGACUAUAUUGAAUGCAAAGAGAUAUUUUACUUGUUUAUAUAUUGUAAGGAUGGCCGUACUUUUAGGUGUGUUUUUGAUAAUAAUGAAGACUCAUUGAAAUGGUUAAAACGUCUUCAAAACUCAAUAAGACUUCCAGAAAAGAUUGAUGACAGUUUUAGCUUUUCUUUCUUCUCUUGGACCAGAAAUAUUCAAAAGGAAAAUAUAGUGUCUUUAACACAGUCAUCAUGUCAUCCAAAAGACUCAUUUGUUACCAUCACUGAAGAGGCUGAAAGGAUGGGGUUUGAUUUAAAAAGUGUUUGGAAAAUCAGCCGAGUUAACGAAGAUUACCAGCUAUGUUCUAGUUACCCUCCUUAUAUCAUAGUUCCUACAUCUUUACAAGAUGAUGAACUAAAGGAUUUGGCUAACUUUCGAUACUCAAGGCGAAUACCUGCUGUUGUUUGGAGGCAUCAGCAAAAUGGUUGCAUCAUAGCUCGUAGUAGUCAGCCAAGAAUGGGUAUCUUGAGUUGGCGCAACCUCAAUGAUGAGAAACUAAUUCAAGCUAUCUUGGAUGCAUGCAUUAGUGAUCCUGGUUAUGAAGUCAAAAUCAAUGGAAAAGAAGAAUCCUUCUCUCUCAAGAGUGAUGUUGAUGGAGAAAUAUCAAUUUUUUAUGGUCAAAACAAAGAAGAAAAACCUUGCCAAAAGAAGCUUCUUAUCAUUGAUGCACGUUCUUAUGCUGCAGCGAUGACAAAUCGUGCGAAAGGAGGUGGCUAUGAAUGUGAUGGCUAUUAUUCAAAUUGCGAAGUGCAAUACAUGGGCCUUGCAAAUAUACACGCAAUCCGUAACAGCUUUAUGAGUUUGCGAACUCUGUGUUCUAGUCAAGAUGACAUAAAUUGGCUCUCUAAUCUGGAAACAACAAAAUGGCUUCAUCAUAUUUCCGGCCUCCUUCGGGCAGCUUUGUUGGUAGUGAAUGCUGUUGACAUUGAGAGGAGACCUGUUCUUGUUCAUUGUUCUGAUGGAUGGGAUCGAACUCCACAAAUAGUUUCUUUAGCUGAAUUAAUGUUGGAUCCAUAUUACAGGACAAAAAAAGGAUUUCAAGUUUUAGUUGAGAGAGAGUGGUUAGAUUUCGGCCACAAAUUUGCUGACCGAUGCGGCCAUCCAGAUGCAAACGAUGACAGAAAUGAAAGGUGUCCCGUCUUUCUACAGUGGCUGGAUUGUGUUUAUCAGCUCCUAGAACAGUUUCAAUGCCAUUUUGAAUUCAACCAGCAGUACUUGGCCCGACUUGCACUGCAUACCUAUUCCUGUUUAUUUGGUACUUUUUUAUGUAAUACAAACCAAGCUCGAAAGGUCCUCAGUGUUUCUAAAAGAACAUUUUCUGUUUGGCCUGUGUUGAACGAAAAAAGUCAAUUCCAUAAUUAUAUUUACAAUCACAGCAAUCAGGUUUUGAGGCCAUCGUUUCAAAUUCGAAGCUUGAAAAUCUGGAGUGAUGUUUACUUGCCUAAUAAUUUUUCCAAUGUUGGGAAACCUGCUCCUGCCUAUGUUCCUGAACCCAUACCAGAAGAUACUUGCCCCAAAACGAAUCUUGUCAAAACAAAGUCAUGUGAUAACAUCCCCUGUGUCGGACAUUCUCCCAGCCUGCAGAGACGGAACAGUGACCCUAGUCUCUUAGAAAAUUCUUUUAGUGAUAAAAAUUAUUCCCAGUUUUCAGAAGCAGAUGUGAAAAAUAUGUCUAAAACUUCUUCAACUCCUAAUAAUCGUCAUAUCAAAGGUGAUACUUGUUUGACUAAUACAGCUGAAAAUGAUAUUAAUAUGAGGACUAAUACUGUUUCACCUUCACGCUUAUUUUUGAGGGAACCAACCAUAGAUGGGUCUACUGAUACACUAGUCAAUGAAAUGGGAGCAAUAAAUGAAUCGAAUGUGAACGAAGCCAAUAACAGUGAUGACUUGUGUUUUGGUUCCAAACUCUUCUCGUCUAUCGGUACCAGUACGACCGAUCUGCUUCUGGCCGAUGUCGGCGUGUUGCAGUCUGUCACGCAAAAUAUUAACCAUGUGGAUCGCCAUCUGCCGAUCUGGUGUCAAAGUGCCAUCGGUGCUUACGUUUUUAACAAGCGAAACAGUGAUUCCUCCAACUCCUGCAGUUGCAGUUACACGACUCCCAACCACUCUCGUACGCCGAGUUCCGGUUUCCCAGCCACGCCAUGUGAUGACCCUGGUGACAUGCCAGUGCUCAAGAGCAGCGCAACUCACCAGAUUCUAGACAUUGACGGCUUGAACAUUGUACCUAAUGCUGUUCAGGAAAGAAUCAAGAAGUUAAUACUGCAUUAUAAGAAUAAAGUUGGAAGCCUUCAGUGUGAACUUUCAUCUGCUAGGUCUGAGAUUUUCCAUCACUUAUGCAGAUACUAUCAAACUAGAGAGGUCCAAAACAUUGAUGCAGAUGAUGCGCCUUCUCUGGCCGAUUCAACGUGCAGUGGCGAGCAGUAUGCCAGUGGCGGAUCCGAUAGCAGUUGGGAUCUUCUGUGGUCGUCUGAAUAUGGAGCUACAAACUGUGUUGUAUAAACAAAUUUUUAAAAGUGCAAAUAUUUCUCUGUAUUGGUAUGUAAUUAAACAAGAAAUAAAUAUAAAUUAUAAUUUC